AGAGAGAGCCAGCCAUAGUAGCUGGUGCUAGUUAGAGGCACCAAGACAUCUGCAUCAUCCUUACCUGGGGCUCAGCCCUGCCAAUUUAGGGAAAGAUGUUCGGGGUUCUGGUGCUCUUGGCUUCAUUUGUCUUCCUCCUGGUCUUGGCAGCACCCUACAUCAGGAAAGCACUUUCCAAAGGAGUAUGUACAUCAACUGUUCAGCUUCCUGGAAAGGUGGUAAUAGUUACUGGAGCCAACACAGGCAUUGGGAAGGAGACAGCCAAAGACCUUGCUCAGAGAGGAGCUCGAGUAUAUAUUGCUUGUAGGGAUUUACAAAAAGGGGAGUUGGCAGCCAGUGAAAUCCGGGCUAAGACGGGGAACCAACAGGUGCUGGUGCGGAAGCUGGACCUGGCUGACACCAAAUCAAUACGAACUUUUGCUGAGGCCUUCUUGGCAGAGGAAAAACAGCUUCACAUCCUGAUCAACAAUGCAGGAGUGAUGAUGUGCCCCUACUCUAAGACAGCUGACGGAUUUGAGAUGCACAUCGGAGUCAAUCACUUAGGUCAUUUUCUUCUGACCCAUCUGCUGUUGGACAGGCUGAAGGAAUCAGCCCCAUCAAGGGUGAUAAACCUAUCUUCCUUGGCAUUUCACCUUGGCAGGAUCCAUUUUUACAACCUACAUGGCGAGAAGUUCUAUAACCGGGGCCUUGCCUACUGCCACAGCAAGCUGGCCAAUGUGCUUUUUACCCAGGAGUUAGCUCGGAGACUAAAAGGUACUGGGGUAACUACAUAUUCUGUGCACCCUGGAACCGUCAAUUCUGAGUUGUUCCGGCAUUCAACUUGCAUGAAACUGUUAUUGAAGCUGUUCUCCUCCUUUAGUAAGACCCCGCAGGAGGGAGCCCAGACCAGCCUGUAUUGUGCUUUGACCGAGGGCCUUGAGCCUCUGAGUGGGAAACAUUUCAGUGAAUGUAGUCCUGCAUGGAUUUCUUCCCGGGGACGCAACAUGACAACAGCAAGGCGUUUAUGGGAUGUUAGCUGUAACCUGCUGGGAAUCCAGCAGGACUGAUGGAUUGGUCUGUCCCCAAAGAGCAACUUCAGACUGCUUGGUUUUAAAGUGCCAAAAGGACUUCUACAAAGUUUAUUCAAAGGGAGCACAAUCCUUCUGCUGAUAACACAUUUGCCUACUUGACAUCAGGGUAACAAUCUCAUGCACUGCCAGAUCUUUCUAUGUCUUUUUUACUUGUAUGUCUCUGCCUUGUCUCUGUCCUUGCCAGGGCCAUUUGUAAUAUUACAGGUCAGUAAGACUCCAAAUUACGUGUGCAGAUAAUUCAUUCUUUCUAUUCACCUCUGGGCGAAUGGGACCAAACUUUCAAGAGGGAAGGAUUAUAAUGAAAGUUUAGCCCUCUUUGACCUUUAAUUGCAUAGUGUCAAGUUCCUACCAAACUGAUCUUCAUCUUCAGGAAAAUAGUUCUGUAAAUAGUCUAGAGACCCUUCUUCAAGACCAUUAUCAGGUUCCUCCUUUGGUAAAACCAAUCCAAAACUGAUGUCUAGACUCACUCAGGAAAAUCUUUAUUAAAUCCAGACCUUUGACUCUUUCCUUUAAGUAUCUUGAAGCCAGUGUAAUUAUGGUGGAGCAGACUGUGUUUCUAAUAGGAUGGCUUAAAAAAUUUUUUCCAACUCUCUCCUUCCACUCCAUUUAGGAGAAAAUAAAGGCUAAGCGUUCUUUGUCAUUUCUUGCUGUUUCUGACAAAGUUUAAAAAAAAAAAAAAAGAGGAAUAAAAGAUCUAAAGGAUCAGGCCUCUCAUUUCCUUCUUCCUUUUCCCUUAAUUUCUCUUUGUAAAAAAUCAGAAGGAAGAGGGCAAGGCUAUUUAAUUAUUGUUCAUCACCAGUCACAUGUGUGACUGGUUUAAUUUAGUGACUGCUACCAAACAGUAGAGAUUGAACUCACUGUUACACAACAGAUAAUAUGAAUGAGAGAAGGGAACAAUUGUCAUUUGGUCUUCAUACGUUCAACAGAGUCUAUUUUUCUUUAUAGUUUUGGGCUUCUAUGUCAUUGAUGAUUACAAAACAGUUAAGUGAGUAGGUCUUCCUUUCAAUUGUAUCUGUGCAAAUGGUAGGGAAGCAUGUGGAGAAAUUAGAAAACAAAGGAUUAGAGAAGGGCAGGGUGGGGUUGUUGCAAGUUGAAUGAUAGUAGAAGAGGCUUGUCUGUGAGAUAGUAGAUAAACUAAAAUGGCAGUCCCAACCAGCACUAAUAUAGCUAGGGAAAGCAUCUUCAUAGUGUAAAGAAUCUUUUUCUAUAACCCAGAUGAAAACAUACUGAAAUUAUGCAUCAUUUUAUUCAAUUUCUAGGCAGCUAGGUGGCACAGUGGGUAGAGUGCUGGGUCUGGAGUCAAGAAGAGUUCAAAUUU